AAAAAAAAAAAAAAAAAAAAAAAGGAAAGGAAAUUGUUCCGCCGUAUUUUCUCUCUUUUAACUCCUACGCCAUUUUUUUUUUCCUCUCUCAACCUAUUCACCUCAACCCUGUUUUCGCCAUACCUCUCUUCUUCCCUAGGCUUUGCGACUUUGCGUCCCCCUUGGUUCUUUAACCACCACCUCCUCCUUGUCCUUUUCUCUAUUACGUAUUGUAACAUAUAGUUGAUUCAUUUAGAGAUCCUAUAAGUUCAAAAUGGUUCUCGCACGAGCUGCUUUUGGUGGUGUUCAGCGCCGAGCUUUUUCUGCUUCGGCGCAAAACCUUUCCAAGGUCACCAUUCUUGGUGCUGCCGGUGGUAUUGGCCAGCCGCUCUCUCUUCUGUUGAAGCUCAACCCCAGAGUUACCGAGCUUGCUCUCUACGAUAUCCGCGGCGGUCCUGGUGUUGCUGCUGAUAUCUCCCACAUUAACACAAAGAGCACUGUCAAGGGUUAUGACCCCACCCCCACCGGCCUCGCCAAUGCCUUGAAAGGUAGCGACAUCGUCCUCAUCCCCGCUGGUGUUCCCCGAAAGCCUGGCAUGACCCGUGACGAUCUCUUCAACACCAACGCUUCCAUUGUCCGCGAUCUUGCCAAGGCCGCCGCCGAGUCUUGCCCGGAAGCUAACCUUCUCAUCAUCUCCAACCCUGUCAACUCCACCGUCCCCAUCUGCGCCGAAGUCUUCAAGGCCCGUGGUGUCUACAACCCCAGGCGUCUCUUCGGCGUCACCACCCUCGAUGUCGUCCGCGCCAGCCGAUUCGUCAGCGAGCUUAAGGGAACUGACCCCAAGGACGAGAACAUCACCGUUGUCGGUGGCCACUCCGGUGUCACCAUUGUCCCCCUCUUCAGCCAGAGUAGCCACCCCGAUCUUACGUCCAACGCUGAGCUCGUGAAUCGCGUCCAGUUCGGUGGCGACGAGGUCGUCAAGGCCAAGGAUGGUGCCGGUUCCGCUACUCUUUCCAUGGCUAUGGCUGGUGCCCGCAUGGCCGAGUCGCUCCUCCGUGCCUCCCAGGGUGAGAAGGGCGUUAUCGAGCCCACGUUCGUCGAUAGCCCUCUUUACAAGGACCAGGGUAUCGACUUCUUCGCCUCGCCUGUCGAGCUUGGCCCCAACGGUGUUGAGAAGAUCCUCCCCGUCGGUGAGAUAGACGCCAACGAGGAGAAGCUUUUAGAGGCGUGCUUAGGUGACCUGAAGAAGAACAUCGAGAAGGGUGUCGCUUUUGUCGCCGCCAACCCCCCCAAAUAAGUGAAAGUAAUCUAGAUGCCUAGAACUAGGCGUUAUUUAACGUGCGCACAAAUAAUUACGAAGGAGAAGCGAAGUCGAUGGGUAUACUUGAAUGAUGUAGACUAUGUUUGGUCAUAUUCUAAUAUGCGCCCGCGGCUAGCUUGGCCUCGGCUACUUGUCUCAUGGGAAAACGCGAUAGACCUAGUACCUAGAGAUGUACGAUAGUUAAACGAUAAAAAAGAUACGAUAUCAUGACAUUCCCCCUUCCCCCCUCC